AUGGCUCCACACCAGCACCAGCACCAGCACCAGCAUCACCCGCGCUCGCCCGUGUCGAUGUAUGUUGCCCACGACACACCUUGCAGGCCAGCGCUGCCGCCCCGACCGCUGCCAAAACUAGCACGCAAGACGCCUGGGCCUGCGGGCAAUACGGAGACAGCCACGACUCCCAUCUGCGCAUUCUUCAGGCUCAGACGCACGAAGUCCUCCGCCGCCUCGAUGUCCCCGUCGAGCACGAGCCCCGUCGCGCCACCGUUGCCCAGACUAAACAAGCCGCUGCCGCCGUUCCCCUCAUGCGAGGAAUGGGUGGGGCGCUCGCGCAGGUGUCCCCAGGCACCACCCAUCGACUUUGAUGUGCUGGACGACGUGUUGGAGGCGAUAACCUUUGCGAAGCCUGAGUCCAAUUGCCCUGCCGACGAAGAACGCUGCAAUGAGCCGCCCGAGCUGACAUUCGCCCAUCCCGACUUGCCUGUGCUUGGAGAGAAGAUGCUGCUCCAAGUCAGAGACAACGACGACAUCGAUACGGUCGUCCGUCGAACCAACAACGACAAUACAUUACCGGAUAUGUGA